AUGGCGGCCUCCGAGGAUCUCAUCAAUUUUGAUAUCAUCGAGAAUCAGAAGGAGAACAUUCAAUCAUUACCAGGGGGACGCUCAGCCAAAGAGCUUGCUCGCAUCUUCUCACCCAGAGAUCCUAGUGACAAACUCGCGGCUCCAUCACCAAACGAAACCAGGACUUUGAAUGAUGCCAUUCGACAGGAGUACGAGGCAGAACUGCAGGCUAUUGACGACUCAGACGACCCGCUUGAUAUAUAUGACCGCUACGUGAAAUGGACACUGAACGCAUACCCUUCUGCACAAGCGACCGCCGAGUCCGGUCUUCUUCCUCUACUCGAACGCGCCGUCAGGGCAUUCCUCUCCUCAACUCACUACAAGAAUGAUCCCCGCUAUCUGCGGCUAUGGCUUCACUAUAUCAGGCUCUUUUCAGACUCUCCGCGCGAGACUUUUGCGUUUCUGGCGCGUCACCAUAUCGGUGAAGGACUAGCUCUUUUUUAUGAAGAGUUCGCCGCUUGGCUCGAAGGCGCAGGACGCUGGACUCAAGCUGAGGAAGUGUAUAGACUGGGAGUUGACCGCGAAGCUCGACCAACUGAACGAUUGAUCCGCAAAUACAGCGAGUUCCAGAAGCGGUACGAGCAACGCACGCAGGAUAAUGGACCAUCAUCACCCGCUUUACCCGCGGUGCGACCUGCACUGGCUGCCAAGGUUGAUCCAUUUUCUCUGUCUGCAGCCCCGGCUGCCGAUACGCAAGCUCAAAGACCCGCUCCUGCCGCUGCGGCUGCCCCGCGGACGAAGUCUGGGAAGCCCAAGAUGGCUAUUUUUUCGGACGCCGACUCGGCAGUAAGCCAGCCCGCUGUAUCAGGACAGACCAAGGGAUGGGAUAGCAUUGGGUCGAUGCACGAGAGACGUAAGGAGAACAGUGUGGAGGCGAAGCCGUGGGCCGGGGAGACCUUGAAGGCAGGAAAGAAGGCUGCUCCGAAGGAGAAGAUGCCGAUCUUCAGGGAUGAGUCAAAUCCAAAUCUAUCUGUCACAGAAACGAUGCAAGCAAAACAAGUUCCAGAUCAUCAUGUAAGGGAAGCGGUAAAUCCUCGAACCGGACGACGAGAGCGUGUCUUUGUCAAUCUUGAAGCAGUAUAUCCUGAUUAUAGGAACCCGACCAAAGAGGUCAGCUUUGAAGAACUUCGGGCCAUGCACCGUGGAUGGAUGGAUAAAGACUGGCGCUCGCACAAAGCACCUUUUAAGGAGUUAUCCGGCAAUGUUGCUGGUGCAGAGCAACCGGUGGGAAAUGUGAUUGAGCAAAGCCCGGAUCAGGAACUGUCAGAGCAGUUUAGUCAAAAGUUGAAAGUGAAAGACACAGGCUCACAAGGGACGCAGCGGGCGAUUGAAGUUGGAUUGAAUGAGAGCAAAGCUGGCAAAGCACGGAAAAUAAAACUACGCGAAGUCAAAGGCGAGACACAAACAAUCAAAAUGAAGUUCGACUCUCCGACAGGAGGCAAGAUUCGGCGCAAGAGCACGGCUGAGCCGACAAUGACAAUCCAUACUCGCGCUGCUACCGACGAGAUCUACAGUAUCUUCAACCAGCCACUCAAAGCAGAGACAGAGAAUGUAGCAGAUAGUAGUGACUUUGAGGAUGACGACUACACGAGUGCUGGUGAGAGCACAUGCACUGGUCGCAUCUCCGUCACUUCCAGUGACUUCUGCGACGAGACCACUACUUUCCACAGAUCUGAGGAUGAAGCUGAGGAGGACUUUGAAGACCAGACGCAGGCUGAGAGUGUUGUUGACGGUGAAUGGACUCAGUUCUCCACUAAAGAGGGCCCAACGCAUUCACUGGGAGUGGAUCCCAUCUCACCCCAUGAGAACACAUUGGACGCUGAAGAGACAAGCAGGAGAGAAAGGUUCGUGCCUGAGAUGCCAGAGGACUAUAAUCCACCUUAUGGUCCGUAUCGAGAUCCAGCCGUAGUCGCACAAAAUCGUCUACCUUUUAUGACACCGAUCGUGGAGCAAACCGAGCACUCUCUCCCUUCGAUGACAGCAGCUCGAAACACACUGUACAACACCAAAACACCAUCCAAACCGCAGAUGGGAAACCUCUUUACCACUCCGCUGAUUGGUGCAACACCGCAGCAAACCGAGAAUCUCACUGUGUUCUCUGAGGAUGUCGCGAUGAGUCCAACGGUGAAGAAAGCUCGAUCCGGCCUUAAGAUACUGUCGCCCUUGAAGGAACAACAACAACAUCGGGUUAUUAUCGACGAUGCCCAGUGUAAUCCCACAGACAAGAGCAUUCGCAACACCAUUCUUCACGCCGUGGAUCCGCCGCUUGCAUCCCACCCUGGGUACCAUGGUCACCCUGAAGUGGAAAGCCACUAUGCGUCUGCGAUCCAGAAGUUUGUCAAAACGCAUGUCAAGCGUCCUCGAAGCGGUGACGAAGCGUCCUUUGAUGUGCCAAUUCUCGAACUACCCGGAGCACAGAGAUGUUAUAUCAUCAGGCGAGAACUUGGAGCCGGAGCUUAUGCGCCAGUGUACCUUGCGGAAAGCGUCGAUAGCCUCGAGAACUGCCCGUCCUCCGAUUCGGAAACCGAACCCGCAGACGAUGGCAGUCGAGAUUCCCAAUUUACGAACGGAAGAAAAGCGAUAGCCCGCAGUAACUCCCGUUAUGGCUUCGAGGCGGUCAAACUGGAAGUCGGGCCUCCGAACGCAUGGGAGUUCUACAUGAUUCGCAUCGCUCACGAUCGCAUAAGCCAAUUACCAGAGCUAUCCCGUGUGACUGAUAGUAUCAUCCGCGCCCACGAGCUUCACGUGUACAAAGGGGAAAGCAUUCUCGUGGAAGAUUACCGCGGGCAGGGAACACUCUUGGAUCUGGUCAAUCAUAUGCGUAACGAGUCAAUCAAGGCCAAUGGCACUGGAGAAGGUGGUCUGGACGAGGCUCUUGCCAUGUUCUUCACUGUGGAACUAUUCCGGACCGUUGAGGCCCUUCAUUCGUGCGGCAUCCUGCACGGCGAUAUCAAAGCCGACAACUGUCUCAUUCGCUUCGACGACAAGGCCACUGCACCCUCUCUGAUCGGCUUGGAAGAAGAGAUCACCGAUCCCCGCGAGAUCUACUACUCCCCCCGCGGUCUGUGCGGCUGGCGCAACAAGGGCCUGUCGCUCAUCGAUUUCGGUCGCGGUAUAGACAUGCGAGCAUUCCAGCCUUCAGUCCAGUUUAUUGCCGACUGGGAGACCGGCGAACACGAAUGCAAUGAGAUCCGCGAGAUGCGGCCCUGGACGCACCAGAUCGAUCUGUACGGCCUCGCAGGAACCGUGCACGUCAUGCUUUUCGGCAAAUACAUUGAAUCAACUCCGGUCCGGAAAAGCGAAGGCGGCUCGGCGUCCGUGCGGACGUACCGCAUCCGCGAGUCGCUGAAACGGUACUGGGACCGCGAGAUCUGGACCGACGUUUUCGACCUCCUACUCAACCCAUGUACCGAGCGCUGGGCACGCAUGGAACUCGACGCCGCGGGCCCUGAUCGGGACCUCCUCAACGCUGAGAACCAGCCGAUCCUCCCUGUCACUCAUUCCAUGCGCUAUGUGCGCGAGAAGAUGGAAACUUGGCUGCUCGCUAACGCCGAGAAGAAAGGCCUUGGUCUGCAAAUCCGGAAGCUGGAGGCUGUUUUUGCCGAAAAGAAGAAGAGAUUGGAACGGAGCUAA